AUGGAUUUCUUCAGGCAGCCCCUGGAGCAACCGCCCUCGACGCCACCUGCGGAAACGGGCAUUCCAGGUUCACCGUCUCCUCAAUUCGCCCUCCUCAACUACUUCUUCCCUGGCUAUUCCAUGGUCACGUCGACAGUGAAUGCAUACAUGGGCGCCGACAUCAACUCCUACAUGCCCAUCCUUCUAGCCAUGGUAGCCGUCUCGGUGUCGUGGAACUACAUCAAAGACCGAAUAUGGAUAUUCUUGAAUGAUUACUGGAUCUCAAGUGUCACCAUCAGGGCUGACGAUGAAAUUUACGACAUGGUCAUGUUUUGGCUCUCGCGGCAAAAGUUUGCCCACAACUCUCGACACUUCGUCGCCAACGUCAGUAUCAGCUCGCGCAGCAGGUCCUUGCUCGGCUACCCGGAUAGCGACGGCGAAGAUGAUGAAGAGGUGGAUGACCACAUCAAUGCCAUAACCGGGGAGUCAAACAAUAACAAGCAGGCCUUGCAUUAUACGCCGUCCUUCGGAACCCACGUCUUCUGGUACAAGAGGCGGCCACUCACCCUUGAACGUGUCCAGAACCGCGAUGUACACACGGGCAGGACCGUGUGCGAGAAGGAAGAGCUCCGUAUGUCGUGUCUUGGUAGAAGUCCCCGGAUCCUGAAGGAGCUGCUGCUGGAGGCCCGUCAGAUGAACAUGAAGAAGGACGACCGAAAGACGGUUAUCUACCGCGCUAAUCUCGCCGAAGUCUACUGGCAACGGUGCAUGUCGCGCCUGAAUCGCCCAUUCUCCACCGUGAUCCUCAGUGAAGAAAUCAAGCAGGACCUGAUCGACGAUGCCGCCGAUUACUUGAAUCCCGUUACCCGUCGAUGGUAUGCCAACCGUGGUAUCCCAUACCGACGAGGAUACCUGCUGUAUGGCCCCCCCGGAACCGGCAAGAGCUCCCUGAGUCUUGCCCUCGCCGGACACUUUCGCAUGAAGAUCUACAUCAUGAGCCUCAGCUCCAGCGCUGCAACCGAGGAAAACUUGACGUCGCUGUUUCACGAGCUGCCCACUCGCUGUGUCGUCCUGCUGGAAGACAUUGACAGCGCCGGUUUGACGCACACUCGGGACGAUCCUCCCGCUCCCCCAGCCGCCCCCGAGCCUCCCCCUCCCCCCGCGGGGUCCAAAGAGACGAAUGGAACCAGGGCUUCGCCCGCCGGCCGCGUCUCUUUGUCUGGCCUUCUCAACAUCCUCGACGGUGUCGCCUCGCAAGAGGGCCGCAUCCUCAUCAUGACAACCAAUCACAUGGAGCAACUGGACAAGGCGCUCAUUCGCCCCGGCCGUAUCGACAUGGUCAUCCCCUUUGGGCUCGCAGACUCUAGCAUGACGGCAUCCAUCUUUCGCGCCAUAUACACCCCAUACGAUAACGAAGCGGCGUCCAAGGAGGAUGCAAGCAAACCUGAUGCAGAAGCGGUCGAGGCAAGGCUCGCCAAAAAGCGCGCUCAAAUCAGCCAGCGCGUCGAUGAAUUGGCCAAGGUGUUUUCUGACAAGAUGCCUGAUCUGGAGUUCAGCCCUGCCGAGAUACAGGGGCUCUUGCUGAGGCAUAAGCUUGACCCGGACGGCGCUGUCGCCUCGGUAGAGGCCUGGGUUUCGCAGAUGCGCCAGGAGAGGAAGGAGAGGGCGGCGGAGGAGGAGGAGAAACGAAGAAAGGAAAAAGAGGAAGAGGGCAAGAAAAAGAAGCAAGAUGAGGACAAUGAGAAGAAUAAGCAAGCGGAAGAGAGGGCAAGCAGGAAACACAAGGCCGAGGAGGGCGACAACGAGGAGAACUGGAAAGGAGAGCCUAAAAGAAAAGGCAGCGCAGGAGAUGCAUCUUGUCGUGGUCCCAAGACGGGGAAGCCCAAAAAGAGCGCAUCAGAUUCCGGCUACGAGACGUCAUGA